AUGCAGCGACCGGCACCUCCUUCCUAUCACCUGGGUGAUAAGCCCAGAGCUGUGCCUUCCGUCUACGCUGCUGAUCUAGAACUCGUUAGCGGAGCUGCAAAUACUAGAACAUCCAUGCAGACUGGGUUCCGCAACAAUCUACCUCACACCGAACAAUUCGAAAAUCUAGUGUUGAACGAGGCUGGUGAUGCACCACGACCCGUUUACUCAACCUAUGCAAACUUAUCGCUCAGCUACAACUCGACAACAGACACCCUAUGGGAAAAUGAAAUGGCUCACAAGUACUCCUUUCUUGUGCCAUCAAACACACUAGCUCCGUUUGGCAAAGGAGCUGACAUGCUCACACCGACAACUAAAGGCUCAAUAGUUAAACAGAAUCAAAUUUCUGCCUAUGUAAGUCCUUGUAUUCUUUUGUCCGUACCUCUGGGGCACCUAAGUAUAAUAAUUCAAGAAGUAGUUCCGGCUAUCUAUAAAUAUAGAACAUGGAAAUGA